GGUUCAUUGGCGGCGUGCUCCCCGCCGCCGCCCGGGAACUACAGCCGGCGGCAGCGGCGGAGCGCGCGCCGGGAUGGCGGCCCCGUUGGUGUUGGUGGUGCUGGCGGCCGUGACCGUGCGCGCCGCGCUCUACCGCUCCAGCCUCGCCGUCUUCAUCGCCGAGCGGGUCGAGGUGGCGUCCCCGCUGAACGCCUGGAAGCGAGUGGUCGAAGGAUUAGCUCUGCUGGAUUUAGGGGUCUCGCCAUACUCUGGAGCUAUUUUUCAUGAGACCCCACUGAUAAUCUAUCUCUUUCACUUCCUGAUUGAAUAUGCUGAACUGGUGUUCAUGAUAACUGAUGUGCUAACUGCUGUUGCCCUUUACUUGGCAAUCCAGGACUUCAACAAAGUUGUGUUCAAAAAGCAGAAGCUCCUAAUAGAGCUGGAUAAAUAUGCCCCAGAUGUGGCUGAACUCAUCCAGACACCCAUGGAGAUGCACUACAUCCCCCUCAAGGUAGCACUAUUCUACCUGUUAAACCCCUACACUGUGAUGUCUUGUGUGGCAAAGUCCACCUGUGCCAUCAACAACUCUGUCAUUGCAUUCUUCAUUUUAGCUACAAUAAAAGGUAGUGCCUUCCUCAGUGCUGUGUUUCUGGCCUUAGCAACAUACCAGUCUCUCUACCCUCUCACACUGUUUGCUCCAGCACUGCUUUACCUUCUACAGCGUCAGUUCAUACCUAUCAAACUGAAAAGCAAAAGUUUCUGGCUCUACACCAUGCAGUAUGCAUCCCUGUACCUGUGCAGCCUCGUGGUGAUCAUCUGCCUCUCCUUCUUCCUGCUCAACUCCUGGGAUUUUAUCCCAUCUGUUUAUGGGUUUAUCCUUUCUGUUCCAGACCUGACACCCAAUAUUGGACUUUUCUGGUACUUCUUUGCAGAGAUGUUUGAACACUUCAGUCUUUUCUUUGUAUGUGUGUUUCAAAUCAAUGUGUUCUUCUACACCAUUCCCUUGGCAAUAAAGUUAAAGGAGCACCCUGUGUUCUUCAUGUUUGUCCAGCUCGCCAUCAUUUCUAUCUUCAAGUCCUAUCCCACCGUGGGAGACGUUGCACUGUACAUGGCCUUCCUGCCCGUCUGGAGCCACCUUUACAGAUAUCCUGCUCAUCUCGGAUUAUUUCUAUGCCUUCCUUCGGCGGGAAUACUACCUCACUCACGGACUCCACUUGACAAGGCAGGAUGGGACAGAGGCCAUGCUGGUUUUGAAAUAAGGACUGUACCACCAUUUCCUGGGACAUGGGCCACUCUGAGGAACGUGCAAAGCUUGGGGUACAUGGGGUGGGUGGGGAAGGUUCCCUGAAUGAGGUCUGACUUUGGGAAUGAUACCUACUGAAAGAAAGGGCUGAGGUUCUGGGAAUAUCCCCCUGAGCUGCAGGCUCAGCACAGAGACUGUCAGAGCUGCAGUGCCUCCCCCCUCAGCUGUGCUUUUCACUUUGACCUCAGCCAUCAGCUCUUGGCAGUCCAGCAGGAACAAGAGUGUCUGAGCUAAACCCAGGGCUGGAGCUCAGACCAUGAACUGUUUUCCACCACUGCAUCUUGGGGAUGUUUGCUUCUCCUGGGAUCUUCCCCUUCACUGCUUUGACCAGUAACACUGCUUGGCACGAGGCAAUCUCUGGGUACCUGGUGCCCCAGCCCUGGCUGCAGAUUCCAUUUCUUGGUGGUUCUGCUGUUAAGGGAUUUGGAAGAAUCCCAUGUGCUCGGCUGGGAGUGACCUGGGUCCCACUCCCACUCCAGUGGGUGCUGUGAAAGAGUUGGGUGACCAAGGAUGAUGACCUUAGAGGACUGCUGGAGCUGCUGCCACAUGUGGUGACCUCAGCACUCAAACACAAGUAAGAACCAGAACUGGGAUGGGAUCAGGAGCAGGGUGGGUACCAGGUAACUGCUCUGUCCCAUUGGAGCAACACAGCUAUGCCAGGAGCUGCACAGAGGCAUUGCAGGUCUCAGAAGGAAUACUGCUGAGGAGAUGGACUCCCACUGCUCCCAGUUUCUGUUGGGUGACAAAGCCUGGCAGUGCUGGGCUCACGCUGUGCUGCUGUGAUCACUUGGGGCAGCAGCCGGGACCAGGAGGUGUCACAAUCUCCCUGUAAGGCCUCAGACCAAAUCCAGGAGGAGCCUCAGCCACUGCUGUUACGGAGUUGUUCCACAGCUGCUUAUCACUACUGGAUGUGCACUUGUCUGUCACCCCUGAGCCGCUCAGUGCUGGGCUCGUGGCUGUGCACAGGCGCUCCCUUAAAUCAGCUCGCCUGCUCCCCCCCACUCCUCUGUGUGCUCAGGCCUGCUCACCUUGGAGCUGCUGCUGCUCCCCCCUGAAUGUGACACUCUGGGGUGAAGCCACCCGCUCUGCUGGCUGCGUGGUGGCACUGAGACACGGUGACCACAGCGUGACAGCCGCCUCCAGCAUCACCACUGCUCCCAAGGGACAGCCAAAGGGUUGGGAGCGUGACAUGGAAACCAAAUUGCGCCUGGUACCGAGCAGCCGAGAGCUGGAUGUGCCCAGGCAGGUGUGUAAGCAGAUCUUUCUUUGCGGACAAUUCAAACGUUUGCCUUACUGCACCGCUGUCAGCGCUUUGCGGGUGGAGGCGCGCCCAGCCCAGCCCAGCCCAGGCCAGCCCCGGCCCGGGGCAGCCCCGCGGGGCCCAGGGGCCGGCGGGGCAGGCCAGGAGCAUAAUAAACUGUGCAAGUUUUGGA